AUGCCUGCCAACCUGAAGCAACGCGCUAAGCGUGCGCUGGUGACCUUGUUGCUGGCUCUGGCCGGUGCCUACGGGCUGCAGGUGACCCUCACGCGGGAGUCGACAGAUGUCGAGGUGACGCGGGUCUUCCGGCGAGUGUCCAUCAAGGUGCAUCCCGACAAGGGCGGCGCAGCCGCAGACGCGCAGCGCCUGAAUGCUGCAAGGGAUGCGUGGGUCCAGGCGAGCCAGGGCACAAAGCCGCCAGGCCGACCUGCCCAUGCGCAGGCAGGGCCAGUGUCCGCAAGCAGUGCCGUCACUAACGGGCGCGAAGGCUUGCGCAUUCGCUCCGAGGCGGUGCUCCUGACAUAUCAAAGCUGGCCGGCCGGGGAGGCGCCUGGUGCAUGGCAGCGGUUCUGCGUCUUUGUGGCCGCCUCGGUGACGGCGUGGACUGUCAAGCACUGGGCGGCGACGAUGGAGCAGACCUCUGGCGGCGACUGCCACCUGCACCUCAUGGUCCAAUUCACUUCUGCAGUGGACUGCGGCUCCGCCCGCUUCAUCUUUGAGGGUGUGCGACCCAACGCCAGCCCCAACGACUACCUCGGCGAGGGCGUCUGCCGCAAGAAGCUGCAGCAGUCCAUCAACCGCGGCAUGUUCUACGUGUGGGCUGACAAGGUGGGGACGCUGCGCUUGCCUUCCGGCGAGACUUGCGUCGCGGCCAACUACGAGCCAUGCUGGACUGAGGCUCGGCGAACCUACCAGGUCCUCGGAAAAUGGCCAGAAGCACUGUGGAAACAGCGGAAGCUGACAUCGGCCAAGUACGAGCAGUACCUUUUCCUGACGCGGGACGGGGUUCUGGCACGGAAGCGCAACCUGGAUGCAGUUCGCGAGCAUGAGGCCGCCCUGGCUGACGCCGCCCUCAUCGAGGCCACCACGAAGAGGCUUCGAGCGAACCCAGAGGUGUACCGGGCUUUCCCGGCAGUGCCCGCGGCAGAAGCAUGGUUGGCGACGUUUCGUGAAGAUCGACUACGCUAUCCACUGCUCAUCGUCCACGGGCCCUCCCAGACAGGGAAAACAGAGUGGGUGAAGUCCUUGUUCAAGCGCGCGCUGGAGCUCAAAGUGGGGAGUCUCGACAUCUUCCCAGAGGGGAUGCGCGCCUUUGACAGGGACACCCAUGAUGGCAUCAUCCUGGACGAUGUGAGGGACCUGAAGUUCAUUGCGGAGCACCAGGACAAACUUCAGGGCAAGUACGACACGCGUGUCGAAUUUGCCACGACUCCUGGCGGCACGUGCGCGUACCGGAAGUACCUCUUUGCGGUGCCUGUGGCAGUCACCAUCAACAACAGCACACGGAACCUGGACUUCCUGCGCGCGCAUGACUGGCUCGGCUCCGAGCGCAACCGCGUCCUCGUCCACUUCCCUGACAUCUUGGCAAGCCUGAGACAUGAGCCAGCCAGCACGGUGGCGCAAAAAGAGGCGGCUCGAGUGCCAGAGUCGCAGGCGACAUCAUGCGACACGCGCAGUUGGGUGGGCAUGGCGGUGCGUCCUGUGGUUCCUCACGCCUUGACCAUGCAGGAGGUCAGGCACCCACGGUCGCUCAACUUCGCGACUGAGCGCCAGGUUGUGGUGCUGCGGGAGGUGCAUGGCUGCGCGUGGGAGGACAUCCGUUCCCGGGUGCGGAACUUGCGCGGGGAGCGGCCCAGUCUGUCGCUCCUGAAGCGAGUCUACAAGGGCUUCAGCCAGGCAAAGGGGCGGCGACCGUACAAGUACCAGAACUGCGGUCGCCGACCCGUCAAAGCUACCAAGGCCGUGCAGAAGUUCCUGGUGCAGCGCUUGCUCGCCCUGCGCAUGCACUGUGUCUGCACCUCUGGCACCUUGCAGCGAGAACUGCUCGCGAAGCGGGGUGUGCAGCUGGAUGAGUCGGCCAUCCGCAAGGCACUGCGUCGCCAGGGAUACUUCUGGCUUCCGAAAGCGCAGAAGCGCAAGUACAGUGCAGAACGCCGGCAGGAGCGCCUCCGCUUUGCACGGAGCGUGGUGCAGCUCAGUCGGGCCCGCCUGCGAGAGAAGCUUUCCUUCUCCAUGGAUGGGGUCCUGCUGUCGCUACCGCCACGGGAUCCCACGGACCGCCGCAAUUAUUGCGCCCACGGGGAUGGCUACAUGUGGCGGCAGCGCGGGGAGGCUGGAAUGGAGCGGCUGGCUGGACAGAACCCGUACCUGUCACAGGUGCCACGUGCUCGAGCCGUGCCACUCUGGGGUGGGCUGUCAGAAGGGGGCUUCCGCACAGUCGCCUUCCACAAAGCACGCAAGUUCACUGCAGAGGAGUGGCAUGCCAUGGCGGCCAAAAACAUCACGCUCUGGCCGGUCCCGGCAUCAUCGCCGGACCUGAACCCUGUGGAGAAGUUCUGGGCGUGGCUGCGAAGGCGCCUCCGCCACCUGGAUCGGGAAGACCUCCGCCGCAAGCGCCCGCCCAUCGGCAUGCUGCCUUCAAGGCGUUUCACCCGCACUGUGCAUGCCACGCGUGCGCUGGUGACCUUGUUGCUGGCUCUGGCCGGUGCCUACGGGCUGCAGGUGACCCUCACGCGGGAGUCGACAGAUGUCGAGGUGACGCGGGUCUUCCGGCGCGUGUCCAUCAAGGUGCAUCCCGACAAGGGCGGCGCAGCCGCAGACGCGCAGCGCCUGAAUGCUGCAAGGGAUGCGUGGGUCCAGGCGAGCCAGGGCACAAAGCCGCCAGGCCGACCUGCCCAUGCGCAGGCAGGGCCAGUGUCCGCAAGCAGUGCCGUCACUAACGGGCGCGAAGGCUUGCGCAUUCGCUCCGAGGCGGUGCUCCUGACAUAUCAAAGCUGGCCGGCCGGGGAGGCGCCUGGUGCAUGGCAGAGGUUCUGCGUCUUUGUGGCCGCCUCGGUGACGGCGUGGACUGUCAAGCACUGGGCGGCGACGAUGGAGCAGACCUCCGGCGGCGACUGCCACCUGCACCUCAUGGUCCAAUUCACUUCUGCAGUGGACUGCGGCUCCGCCCGCUUCAUCUUUGAGGGCGUGCGACCCAACGCCAGCCCCAACGACUACCUCGGCGAGGGCGUCUGCCGCAACAAGCUGCAGCAGUCCAUCAACCGCGGCAUGUUCUACGUGUGGGCUGACAAGGUGGGGACGCUGCGCUUGCCUUCCGGCGAGACUUGCGUCGCGGCCAACUACGAGCCAUGCUGGACUGAGGCUCGGCGAACCUACCAGGUCCUCGGAAAAUGGCCAGAAGCACUGUGGAAACAGCGGAAGCUGACAUCGGCCAAGUACGAGCAGUACCUUUUCCUGACGCGGGACGGGGUUCUGGCACGGAAGCGCAACCUGGAUGCAGUUCGCGAGCAUGAGGCCGCCCUGGCUGACGCCGCCCUCAUCGAGGCCACCACGAAGAGGCUUCGAGCGAACCCAGAGGUGUACCGGGCUUUCCCGGCAGUGCCCGCGGCAGAAGCAUGGUUGGCGACCUUUCGUGAAGAUCGACUACGCUAUCCACUGCUCAUCGUCCACGGGCCCUCCCAGACAGGGAAAACAGAGUGGGUGAAGUCCUUGUUCAAGCGCGCGCUGGAGCUCAAAGUGGGGAGUCUCGACAUCUUCCCAGAGGGGAUGCGCGCCUUUGACAGGGACACCCAUGAUGGCAUCAUCCUGGACGAUGUGAGGGACCUGAAGUUCAUUGCGGAGCACCAGGACAAACUUCAGGGCAAGUACGACACGCGUGUCGAAUUUGCCACGACUCCUGGCGGCACGUGCGCGUACCGGAAGUACCCCUUUGCGGUGCCUGUGGCAGUCACCAUCAACAACAGCACACGGAACCUGGACUUCCUGCGCGCGCAUGACUGGCUCGGCUCCGAGCGCAACCGCGUCCUCGUCCACUUCCCUGACAUCUUGGCACAG